AUCCCACACUAUAAAACCCCCCACCACCUCAACACCAAACACAACCCCAAAACGCAAACACUCACUAUGGAGCCUCUUUCCAAACACAACAACCUCAAGCCUUCCUCACUCCACGUAGAAGCACCACCACCGGAGGCAAGUCCUCUCCGCAAAAUCAUCGUCGUCGCUUCCAUCGCGGCCGGUGUCCAAUUCGGUUGGGCCCUACAACUUUCCCUACUCACCCCAUAUGUCCAACUUCUUGGAAUCCCACACAAAUGGGCCGCAUACAUCUGGCUCUGCGGCCCAAUCUCUGGCAUGCUGGUCCAGCCCAUCGUCGGUUACCACAGCGACCGCUGCACUUCACGCUUCGGCCGCCGCCGUCCCUUCAUCGCCGCCGGCGCACUCGCCGUCGCCAUCGCCGUCUUCCUCAUCGGCUACGCCGCCGACUUCGGCCACGCCUUAGGCGACAGGCUUGACAAGAAGAUUCGCACCCGCGCCAUCGCCAUCUUCAUCGUCGGAUUCUGGAUCCUCGACGUCGCCAACAACAUGCUCCAAGGCCCCUGCCGCGCUCUCCUCGCCGACCUCUCCGCCGGCGACCACCGCAAAACACGAACCGCGAAUUCGUUCUUCUCAUUCUUCAUGGCCGUCGGGAACGUUCUCGGCUACGCUGCCGGAGCAUACAGCAAGCUCUACCAUGUCUUCCCGUUCACGAAAACCACCGCCUGCGAUGUCUACUGCGCGAAUCUCAAAAGCUGCUUCUUCCUCUCAAUCGCACUUCUCACAACUCUCGCCACCGCCGCGCUGGUCUACGUGAAGGAAGUUCCACUCUCGCCGGAGAAGGCGGUUAUCGAUUCCGACGAUAACGGUGGCAUGCCGUGCUUCGGGCAGUUAUCCGGCGCGUUUCGCGAAUUGAAGAGGCCGAUGUGGAUCCUUCUGCUCGUGACUUGCCUCAAUUGGAUCGCGUGGUUCCCAUUCUUGCUGUUCGACACCGAUUGGAUGGGGAAGGAAGUGUACGGCGGAGAAGUUGGGGAUCACGCCUAUGAUCAGGGUGUUCACGCCGGUGCUCUUGGCCUCAUGCUGAACUCGGUGGUGCUCGGAGCGACGUCGUUGGGGUUGGAGUAUCUGGCGCGCGGGGUUGGUGGCGUGAAGAGGUUAUGGGGAAUUGUCAACUUCUUGCUCGCAAUUUGCCUCGGUUUAACCGUUCUCGUCACCAAGCUCGCCGAGCAUUCCCGGCAAUACACCACCGUGCACGGCCACCAGGAACCUCUGCCUCCUUCCGGUGGCAUCAAGGCCGGCGCCUUAACCCUCUUCUCCGUCCUCGGAAUCCCCCUCGCCAUCACUUACAGCAUACCUUUUGCUCUAGCUUCUAUAUUCUCCAGCACCUCAGGGGCAGGCCAAGGGCUAUCUCUAGGAGUGCUGAAUCUUGCAAUUGUCAUACCACAGAUGUUGGUGUCAGUAUCCAGUGGAAACUGGGAUGAUCUCUUUGGCGGCGGGAACUUGCCGGCGUUCGUGGUGGGUGCUGUGGCAGCUGCUAUUAGUGGCAUAUUAUCAAUGGUUCUUCUGCCGUCUCCGCCGCCCGAUUUGGUCAAGGCUGCAACCGCUUCCGGAGGAGGCUUCCAUUAAUCAGCAGGAACAUUUUCAUGACCUCUCCAUUUUGUCGCCGUGUUUUAAUAUGCGAAAAUGAGAACGUUUUUUAUCUGGAACCGUUCUGUAUAAGUUUUUUUUAGAUCCCAACAAGUGCUGAAAGUAGCCAUUUUUGUGGCAUCAUCAAUGACUAAUAACACAGAAGUCAUCAUUUUAAUUGUAAAGCUUGAUGUGGCUGUAUAUAACCCUGUUCAAUCAGGACCCAGCCCUGUCUUUUUAAUUUAUCUGAUAUUUAGUGCAAUUUGGGUGUUGAGGGGAAUGUAGUGAUGUUAAGCAUGUAUGGUUGGUUGGUUAAUCCAUCAAUAAUGUUUCUGGGAUGUAAAGUUCUGAAUUGGACUAGACUACUUUCCUAUUCUCCA